UCGUACUUGGGACAUUCGGUCUAUAUUACAUAGCUGACACUGGCAGCGUCCUAGUCAUCAAAGCCUACUACAACAGCAAUCCUGAGAUUCACUUUCACUGCUAUAUAACCUGACGAGAUGAUAAUCGUCGACGACGAUAAGAAGCGCCCAUUGCCUGAACUGCCCACUGAAGGGUACUCAAGCUCAAGCGGACCGAGUACGAGUGCUGCCUCGACUGCAGGGGACAGUACCGUAGCAUCGAGCAACUGGGCUGAUCCUCCGCCUUAUACGCCCUCUGACCCCGCUUCAUCAACCAUCAUGAGCGGCACAACGACAACGACCAACUCUGAAGCUGGUUACCCUGAUCCUGAAGAACCUCUAGUCGUUCCACACGACCCAACGGUGGACAUUCUCUCUGGUGACCCAAUCCCUUACUCCUCUGGUCCAUCCGUUCCUCCACAAGAGGAGAUCCCAGACCUUCCUCACCAAAACCGUCUGCGGAUCCACCGUGCCUACCAGCCGAUCAGCGAAACACUCGUUAUCGACCCCUCCCUCCCCUCGCCGCCUGGGACAGCGCAGAAGAACUUGGAGCUGAGCAGCACGAGCGCACCUGUCCUCGCGCGCGUCUACGUCCUUGAUUGUCGGGAUCUCAAAGGACGAGUGGAGAUGAGUGCGCAGAGCGAGAGUGGACCGGUCAAACUUGCAGUGGCGCGCAUGCCACGCAAUGCAAAGCUCGCCGUAGACGUGGGGACUAAAUCUGGUCCCUGCGAGCUCUUCCUCCCUCUUCACUUCUCCGGUCCCCUCACGAUCCACACCCGCACUGGCCCCGUGUCACUCGGCACCUCCCUCCGCAGCCGACUAAGGAUCCUUGAAGAGAGCAGCGACGUGCGCAAGUACUGGGUGGGCGACUGCUCGGAUCUAGCGGAAGACUGGCGGACCUUCGAGCGAGGAGAGUGGAUGGGAGAUGAGGCAGAGGUUAGGACUCUUAGUGGGCCGGCGAGGGUGCUGUACUGGGAGGGCAUUGGCAAGGUCGAGACGUUUGUCACUGGGCUCAUGAAGAAGCUAUUUGGGUGAACUCGUCUCUCUUUGGGCCUUGAUUCUUUUGAUCACUAUGUAUUUUGUUGUAUUUCGCUUUCAACUCUGAAUUUGAUUCAUAAAC